AAAACUGGCAUCGUCUCUCUCUCUCUCUCUCUCAUUCAUUAAUAAAGCCCCAACAGCUCUCUUCCUAAGAUCGGUCCGACAACCACACUCGGCAAGUCUGAAAUGGGAAGUGCACGGAUGCACAUGCUCUUCCUCCUCUUCCUUGCCGCCGUGGCCAUUACGGCCGCUGGAUCCGGGGACGAAGAGCGGCGGCGGGAGGCGGACAGGGUGAGGGGCUUGCCGGGACAGCCGGCGGGGGCGAGGUUCAGGCACUACGCCGGGUACGUAGAGCUCCAGCACCCCAACGAGCACAAGGCGCUCUUCUACUGGUUCUUCGAAGCUCAAGCCGAUGUUGCUCGCAAGCCUCUCGUCCUCUGGCUCAAUGGAGGGCCUGGAUGCUCGUCCGUGGCCUAUGGAGCUGCACAGGAACUGGGUCCGUUCUUGGUCAGGAGGGACCUCCACAAUGGAACCCAUCUCGUUCUCAACAGAUUCUCCUGGAACAGAGUUGCGAAUCUGCUCUUCUUGGAGGCGCCGGUUGGGGUCGGGUUCUCGUACUCCAACAAGACGGAGGACUUGAGCAGCCUUGGAGAUCAGGUCACGGCCAAUGACUCUCACUCGUUCUUGCUGGGUUGGUUCAAGAGGUUCCCGAGUUUCCGAUCCCACGACUUCUACAUCGCUGGAGAGAGCUAUGCAGGGCAUUACGUACCUCAACUUGCAGAAGUCAUUUAUGACAGGAACAAGGGAGGACGUGGCUCCUUCAUCAAUCUGAAGGGUUUCAUGAUCGGGAACGCAGUGAUCAAUGAUCCGACGGACUUCAAGGGACUGAUCGACUAUGCAUGGAGCCAUGCCAUCAUCUCGGACCAGCUCCGCGACGGCAUCUUCAAGGAAUGCGACUUCAGCUCGAGCAAUGGGACCGACACCCCGCUCUGCUCUUCCCUCACCAGGGACUUCCUGAUAGCUUACUCCGACAUUGACAUCUACAGCAUCUACACCCCGGUCUGCGACCUCCCUGACUGGUCUCCCUCCCAAAGGCUCUUUGUCUCGCCUCGGCUUCUCGCCGGCCAUGAGCUGUGGCGGGAGUUGCCGUCGGGUUACGACCCGUGCACGGAAGAGUACGUCAUGGAAUAUUUCAACAGGAAAGAUGUUCAGAUCGCCCUCCAUGCCAAUCUCACCGGAAUCCCUUAUCCCUAUACAACUUGCAGUCGCGUGAUCAAGUGGAAGGAAUCUGCAGACAGCAUAUUGCCCAUCAUCCGCAAGCUCCAGGGCGCGGGCCUUCGGAUCUGGAUCUACAGCGGCGACACCGACGGGAGAGUGCCGGUGACCUCGACGAGGUACAGCGUGAACGAGAUGAAGAUGCGAGUGGAGGAGGAGUGGAGGGCGUGGUUCCACAAGCGGCAGGUGGCCGGCUGGGUGGAGAAGUACCAGGGCGGGCUGACGCUGGCGACGGUGCGCGGCGCCGGCCACCAGGUCCCCGUCUUCGCCCCCGAUCAGUCCCUUUCGCUCUUCAGCCAUUUCCUCGCCAUCGACGACUUGCCAUAUUCCCGCGGCUAGCGAGCCGAUCCCAAAGCACGCAUUUCGCUUGUGUCUUUGAAAGGGCUUUGAUUUGAUGUGUGAAUGAUCGAUAAUUAGUCUUAAGUGAUCCAGAGUUUCUCGUUGUUUGCAUUGAGAUAUGAUAGCAGUAGCACCAUCGACCAUGCCAUAAGUUGAAAAA